ACAGAGAUUCACGCCCAGCUCAUAUGUAUGUAUAUAUAUACAUACAUACAUAUAUGUGGGCUUCAAUUGCUGUGCAGUUUGAUUGUAAAUGUGUGAGAGCGAAUUGAUUAGGAAUGUCGCAGAGUGUAAUGAAAGUGGCGGUGGUGGGCGGCGGAGUGAGCGGCCUGACGGCGGCGUACGUUCUGGCGAAUGAAGGAGGGGCGGAGGUGGUUCUGUAUGAGAGAGAGGAUCACGUCGCCGGUCCUACUGGAGCUCAGCCCCCCAAAUUUGGCUUCCUGCUCUACAAUCCUGUUACAUAUCCCGACAUGGUGGAAUUUAUGAAUAGCUUAGGAGUUGACAUGGAUCCCUCGGACAUGUCAUUUUCGGUGAGCUUGUCAGAAAGCCGACAAUGGGAAUGGGGAACAAGUAAUGGUCUCUUGAGCCUGUUCGCUCAAAAGGCCAAUAUAAUCAAUCCAUCCUUUUGGAAGUUCAUUCGAGAACUCAACAAGUUUAAAAUUGACUCCAUCAAUUAUUUGGACAAGCUUGAACACAAUCCCGGCAUCGAUCAAAAUGCAACGAUGAAGCAAUUUCUUACUUCCUACCAGUACUCCAAAUCGUUCCAGAAGGCUUUCCUUGUUCCAUUCUGUGCUUCAAUUUGGUCGGGUGGUUCUUCGGAUGUAAUGAAUCUAUCAGCCUACACUGUGCUUUCUUUUUUCAGAAAUCACCACACUCUUCAGCAACUCUAUGGUCGUUCUCAAGGGCUGAAUCUGAAACAACAUUCAGAAGAUUACAUAACAAGAAUCAAGCAUCAGUUGGAACUCCGAGGUUGUCAAAUAAAAACCAACUCCGAAGUACACUUAGUUUCAACUAAUGAAAACCGUUGUUCUGUGAUUAGUAAGGAUGGGUCAGAUGAAGCAUACGAUAGGUGCAUAAUUGCUUUGAAUGCUCAAGACGCUUUGAAAUUAUUAGGGAAAGAAGUGACGUAUGAUGAGUUAAGAAUACUUGGAGCAUUCCAAUAUGCCAAUAGCGAUGUUUAUCUUCACCACGACAAUAGUUUAAUGCCCAAGAAUCGGUCAGCUUGGAGCUCAUGGAACUUUAAAGAAACCAGUGAUGGCAAUGGCUACUAUAUUACAUACUGGCUUGAUCCAGUGAAGAAUUACAUGGGUGAGACGGGGCUUCCAUAUCUUUUGUCUGUGAAUCCACCUUGUGUGCCUGAACAUAUGUUGUGCAAGUGGUCUACAUCCCACCCAAUCCCCUCGGUGGCGGCAUGGAAAGCUUUGUCUGAACUUAAUCUUAUCCAAGGAAAGAGGAGAUUAUGGUUUUGUGGUGCAUAUCAAGGAUAUGGCUUCAACGAGGAUGGAUUGAGGGCAGGUAUGCAUGUUGCAAAUAAUCUACUAGGGAAAGGCUUCAGAGUUCAAAAAAAUAAUCCAAAGCACAUGGUGCCAUCUUGGCUUGAAGCAGCAGCUCGUCUAGUUGUGACUACGUUUUUCGGGCAUUUUAUUGCCACUGGAUGCCUAAUUCUAGUAGAAGAUGGCGGCGCAAGUUUUACAUUUGAAGGUGCUAGAAAGUUGAACGUCCCGAAAGUCUACUUGAGAGUACACAGUCCUCGGUUUUACUGGAAGGCUGCAACAGAAUCCGACAUAGGCUUUGCCGAUGCUUACAUCAAUGGGGAAAUAUCAUUUGUAGAUAAGAAGGAAGGUCUCCUUAACCUAAUCACAAUAUUUUCAGCCAACAUUGAACUAAGCACUUGUGCAUCAAAUGUCGGAAAGAAAAGAGGAUGGUGGACGCCAUUGCUUUUCACUUCAGUCAUUGCAUCUGCAAAAUACUUUUUCAACAACAUUUCAAAGAGAAAUUCGAUACCUCAAGCCCGACUGAACAUCGCCAGUCACUAUGACUUGAGUAAUGAAUUAUUUUCCUUGUUUAUGGAUGAGACAAUGACAUACUCGUGUGCAGUAUUUAAGACACCGAGCGAAGAAGACUUGAAGACUGCACAAUUGAGAAAACUGCAUGGUCUGAUCAACAAGGCGAGAAUCGAUAGUGAACACCACAUUCUAGAGCUGGGAUGUGGUUGGGGAAGUUUGGCGAUCGAGGCGGUCAAACGAACAGGAUGCAAAUACACAGGAAUCACCCUCUCCAAAGAACAAGUCAAGUAUGCAGAAGAGGCAGUAGAGAAAGCAGGCCUCCAGGAUCGGAUCAAAUUUAUUCUAUGUGACUACCGCGAAUUACCUCAAGGCUGCAAAUAUGACAGGAUAAUAUCAUGCGAGCUCAUGGAGGCCGUGGGGCAUGAGUACAUGGAAGAGUUUUUCAAGUGUUGCGAUGUUGCGUUAGCGCCUAAUGGUAUUUUCGUCCUUCAGACUUCAGCAAUAGCAGACAACAAGUACGAUGAGUACAGGCUCAGUCACGGAUUCAUCAAGGAAUAUAUUUUUCCUGGAGGAUAUGUACCUUCGCUUAGCAGAAUAACAUCAGCCAUGGCAGCUGCAUCAAGCUUCAGGGUGGUGGAUGUACAAGAUAAUGGAAGCAGUUACUAUUACACCCUUAGACAUUGGAGAAAAAGAUUCCUUGAAAACCAGAGCAAAAUCAUGGCUCUUGGAUUUGACGACAAGUUCAUUAGGACAUGGGAAUAUUAUUUCGACUAUUGUGCUUCUGGAUUUAAGGGACGUGUUCUUGGAAAUUAUCAGAUUGUCUUUACUCGACCCGGAGACGCUUCGCUCUUGGGUAAUGAUCCACACGAGCCUAUGAUUUCUUUCUAUUGAUAGUUGAUACCGUCCGUCCAUCCAUCCAUCCAUCCAUCCAUCCAUCCAUCAGUUGAUUUCUUCAUCUUCCAAUGGAUCGAUUGCACCUCUCUCAGUUAUAAUCGGAGUUACUGCAACCUUGUGUGUGCGAGUGAACCUUCAUAUGCUGAAUUAAUAUAUUGUUGUGUGUAUAUGGACAGAAUGAGAAAUAAGACCUUAUUGUAUUGUAACUGUUAUGUGGACCUGGAUUAUGCAUGUGCAUGUAAUAUCCCUUCAAUAAAUAAAAAAUCGUAUAUUUUUACGGUAA